AUCAUUUAAUGUGAGUGGCUCUGGGCCAAAUUAAGGAUGCUUCAGUAGAUAGUAGUAGAACACAUCCACAAUUGCACCUUGGUCAGAGUUUUAAAAUAGAGUAUUGGUGGCAGCAGUUCUAGGCUGAAGCGUUAUGGCUCAAUUUGGCUACACAGAUGAAAACAGCCCCUGUUGGAGCAGCAACAUUAUCGCUAAUCUACACUCCUACUUUGGAGAUAGUCAUCCAGUGAAUCAUUUGAUUUCACAAACACAAACCGUAAAGACGAGAGAGCAGCUGGACACUGGAGGCCUUGAUAAGAGAGACCUUGAUGAUUCCCUGAACCAGCUUGAGGAUUGCAGUCCUCCCAUAGACAUAUCUUCAGCUCUCAGGUCGGUGGCUUUAACAAGGGGUUUGAAAAAGCAUUCCCCUGUGCCCUUGUCAGUACCUACACUUGAGGAUUAUCCAAUUUUAUCUCCAUUAAAUUAUCAGGAAAAAAGUGCAGAAAGGGCAGCCGAUCCAGCUGAGGAGGAAGUGCUGAAUGUACCAUUCCAGUCAAAGUACAUUCAUUUUUUCCCACUGUAUCAGGACUACUGUCUACAGGCGGUAACAGACGGUCUGCACAGACUGAGCACGAGUUUUGUGUCUGAACUGAUAAGCUCCCAGGGUCUGCAGCGCCGUCAAUUCGGCUAUGAGGCUACAUCCCCUCAAUUAAACUCUCCUAAAGCGACUCCAUCCUCACUUCUAUCUCAACCAGUCAGGGUGACUCCAUGUACUCUCUGGCAAGAUCUAGAAGAGGUGAAGGCGUCUGGCUUGCUCAGCAGCCUGACAACCAGAGAGAUUCGCCUUCAGGAGUCGAUGUUUGAGUUGAUCGGCUCUGAAGCGUCUUACCUAAGGAGCCUUGGACUUGCAGUCAAUCACUUCUAUGCGUCAAAGGCACUGAAACAGACUCUGAAUCAAAGGGAGCAUCACAUUUUGUUUUCCAACAUUCGCCGUGUGAUGGCAGCCAGUGAAAAGUUUCUUAUGGAUCUGGAAAUUCAACUGGGAAAGAGUGUGUUAAUAUCUCAGAUUGGAGACAUUGUGCUUCAGCACUGCCCUGAGUUUCACUGCCUCUAUGUGCCAUAUGUGACCAACAUGAUGUACCAAGAGACUCUCUUCAACCAGCUACUGCAGCAGAACAGGGACUUUCUGUAUUCAAUCAAGAAGCUUGAGCGUGACCCAGUGUGUCAAAGACAGAGCCUGAAGUCAUUCCUUGUCCUUCCCUUCCAGAGAAUUACUCGUAUUAAACUCAUCCUAGAGAGCAUCCUGAAACUGACUGAACCAGGCUCUGCCUCAAUUUCAAAUCUCAAAAAAGCAAUUGAAGCCAUCCAUGAGAUAGUGACCGAGUGUGACAAGCGGGUCAGCAAAAUUAAACAAAUCAAGGAGCUGGUCUGCCUGGAAAUGCUGCUGGAUUUUGGCAAAGUUAAGUCAGUCCCUCUGAUCGUAAGUGGGCGUUUUUUGGUGCACCAGGGUCCCAUGAGACAGCUGACUGUGGCAGCUUACAACUCAAGAGUAUCAUUCGUCAGCAUCUACCUCCACCUCUUCAAUGACCUUUUGAUCAUCUCCUCGAAAAAGGACCAGAGGUUCACAGUUGUGGAUCAUGCUGAAUUCCCCACACGUGUGCACAUUCUGAAGACUGAGGUCCUGGGUCUACCCCCAGACUCCUUUCUGUUGCAUCUCUCUCAAAGUCACACCAGACAACCAACCGCCAUGAUACUUGUUGCACACACAAGGUCAGAUAAAGAGGCGUGGAUGAAGGCACUUUCGUCUAAUCAGUGAUGGGAACAUUAUUGUGUGAUCAUUUUUUAUUUUAUAAUUCAAACUUUGGUUGUUUUAACUUGCACAUUACUAAUGUAUACAUUUUGAUAAUUGAAAGAAUUUGGUAAAUGUAAAUUUGGUUCACUCUUAAAAUUAAUCUUAACUCGACUGCACUUGAUAAGACGUGACGGGUUCAAACAUGCACUGAACAUGUCACAAUUAGACACAAAGCAUGAAGGUGACUUUUUAAUUAUUGGAAUAGAUUUUUUUUCACUUGUAUUAAAAUGCUGGCCUCUUUUAAGCAAUGUGCCCUUUUUAUUUUUUUUAUUUUUUUUUU